CGCAGCGACUCCCCACGUCUGGGGAGCUCAGGCGCCGCGAGGCUUGCUCUGCCUCCGCUUGGCAGUUCCUUUGUCUCGAUGAGCGCGGACCAGAUGGGUCGCGUUCACGUUCCAGUUCAGCCCAUCUCCGAUGAGCACCGUUUCUGCUCCGACCUGCGGGGAUUUCGAAACUGACAAUCUCACAGGCCCUGGUCUAGAGAGGAUGUAUAAGUGGGAAUGUCUAAGGCAGGAAGGAGAUGAGCAUUUUUGUUUAUUGUUAAGUAAUUACUCACUUGCAUUGCCCCCAUCGCGCUUCAUUUAGGAGCUGAAGGAAAAAAAAAUGUUUAUUUCUUUGUGGGACUUCUUCUAUGGGCACUUUUUUCGAUUUUGGAUGAAAUGGCUCUUACGACAGAUGACUGGAAAGUGUGAAUUGCAGCGAAUUUUUGAUACCUAUGUAGGUGCACAAAGGACACACAGGAUAGAAAAUUCCUUGAUGUACUCCAAGAAUAAGGUUUUACAGAAAGCAACACUUGUUGCUCAGAGUGAAGUGGACAAGUGCAUAGAAGAUAUAAUGAGAGAAAAGAAUAUCAACCCGGAGAAGGAUGUCAGUUUUAAAAUCUGCAUGAAGGCAUGCUUACUGCAGAUAUCCGGUUACAGACAGCUCUAUUUGGAUGUAGAAAGUGUGAGAAAAAAACCCUAUGAUUCUGAUAACCUGCAACAUGAAAAGCUGCUUCUCAAGCUUUGGAAUCUUUUAAUGCCCACGAAAAAAUUGAAGGCUAGAAUCUCCAAGCAAUGGGCUGACAUUGGUUUCCAGGGUGAUGAUCCCAAAACGGACUUCAGAGGCAUGGGCAUACUUGGAUUAAUCAACCUUGUGUACUUCAGUGAAAAUUAUACCAGGGAAGCUCAUCAGAUUCUUUCCCGUUCAAAUCAUCCAAAAUUAGGGUAUUCUUAUGCAAUAGUUGGAAUCAAUCUGACAGAGAUGGCUUAUAGCUUACUGAAGAGUGAAGCUUUGAAAUUUCAUCUCUACAACUUGAUUCCUGGUGUACCAACAAUGGAACACUUUCAUCAGUUUUAUUGUUAUCUUGUAUAUGAAUUUGACAAAUUUUGGUUUGAAGAAAAGCCAGAAAGCAUUAUGUAUUUCAACAUAUAUAGAGAGAAGUUUCAUGAAAAGAUUAAAGGACUCUUACUGGAUUGUAAUGUAUCACUUACUUUAAAAAUAUGAAUUAUUCCUAGUAUCUUCUAUUUCUACCACAUUUUGCACACACAACAGAAUUUAUAUGUUGUAAUAGAAAUUAUCUGAUCAAUUACACUACGUAUAUAUAAUUUCCUACAGAAAUAUCUCAGAAGUUCUAUUUAAGAAAGCUAGUGGACAAUCAGUGUAUGUUUACAGUUGUUUAUACACUGUCCUCCAAAGGUACCUUAUCCUUCCAAAGAUCCCCUUUGUGGAGUCAUAGGAACUACAGUUUGGAACUUGGGACUUAACCCAUUUAGUAUAAAAGUACAAAUCAGGUAUUUGUAUUAAAUUGGUUGAUUAAAAUGUGUAAAUAUCAGUUUUCACUUUUAUGUGUUGUAGUUAUCAAGUUGGUAUCUUUGCAAAGCUCUUAACAUGUUUUGUUUUUGAAUUUGGAAAUAAUUGUUCUUUACUUUCUUUCUCUUAUUUUAUUUGUAGGUUAAUUAAGGGGGAGAGUGGUUCUUUGUGGUUUUUUCAUUUGACUCUCAGUCACAUGUCAGUGUUGCUUCAUAGCAACAUGUCAGAGAGGAGGAAGAACCUUUUUGGUUUGCCUGACUAUUUAGCAUAAUAUAUAAGAAAACAGUAUUGGUGACUAGCUUUUUUGUUUUUAAACACCACACUUUGAAAUAUUGCAAUGUUAUUUUAAAGCUUAAAGGCAUUUUCUCAUAUUCAGUCUUUGCUUUUUGUCAGUUGUAGAAAAAAACCUUAGUUAAUGCUUGGUAUGAGGACCUUUUAUGGGGUUUCUCUACCUGUCUGUGUUUAUGAAAAGAGAUGUAUUUGCUCAGAAUAUCUUGAUUGUAUUCAAAGGACAGUUGCUGUUUCAAUAAAGCUGUCUUUGAACUUAAACAAAAAGAAAACUUAAAGCUUUAUAAAAAUCUCAGUUAAACGUCAUUGGUUUAUUUUGCUUACUGUUAAAUCUUGCUUCUCUGCUUUACUCCAUAGUGUUCCCAGAUGAUGAUGUAUGAACUGUAUGGAUAUUCUCUGAGUUAGCAAUUCGUGGGAUUCUAAAGUAGCCUGAGGAUGAUGAUUGUGCAUUUUGUACAGCUUUAUCCUCCUAAAGUAGCAAGCGUGUUAAGGAUUACAUAGUGAUGAGAUUCUAAUGGGAAUAGUUUCUUCUGCAUAUGUUUUUGACAUUAGUUCUCAUAGCAGAACUAAAAGAGUUUGAAGAUGGGUUCAUAUGAUUGUAAGUUCUCCUUAAGUCCUACAGAAACCUGCCUGUUAGAGACAUAAUUUAAUCUAAAACACGACGACAGUUGGUACAUCCUGUAAUAUGGUCUAUAGUAUGUGUUGAAGGACUAGCUCUUAUGUGAUUUAUCAAGACCUGAGACUUUCAAGUAUUGUUCAUGCUUAUUAACAAACCUCUCUUCAAACUUGCCAAAGAGAAGAGUGGUAAAAAUAUUCGAUUGGAAAAUAACAGAUGUGGUGGUGUAAGGAAACCUUUGGAGCAGUGGUCACCAACCGGUGGUCCGCGGACCACUGGUGGUCUGUGAGGUCCGAAAGGUUGGCGACUGCUGGUAUAGCACAUUAAAAGUACAUGCAUUACAAUUAAGAUUUUCUCAACAAGAUAAAAUGUUUUAAAAUUGCAUUCAUUUUAUUAUAAUCAUGGCAGUUUAGCUAUUCAGUAUUACAGGAGUUUAAAAAUUGGUUUCUUGUGAAUAUCUUAACUUGAUUUUUUAAAUAUAUUUUUAAUGCUUUAUCAUCCAACUAGAGUUCUAGUUGUAGCAAAAUCCCGAUAAGGAUCAAGUGUUAACCAUUAAACUUCCUUUUAUCACAGGGUUUACUAUUACAUGGAAAGCAAUUCUGUUAGUCUUUGAAUUUUCAUGUUGAAAAUACUUACCUUUAUAUUUUAAUCUUUCAACAGCUGAGAUCUUGAACUGAUUUAAAUCUUUGUCGGUAUCUUAAUAAAAGAAUGACUCAAGUAUGAAAGGAGAAACUUUUUAAGUAAUUUAAGUUCUUUCCUUUCUAGGGAGAAAGAAAUAUUUUUCAUAGUAUUUUUAUAAAUGUCAUUAGCAAGUUUCCUCAAUAUUAUGUUCUUUAAAUCCACUUCUCUUUGUAUAGCAUAGAU